AGUGUUGGAAAUAUUUAUUUAUUAUGGGUUAGAGAGGUUAGAGCGUUGACACUACACGUAAAUAUGUCUCUAACUAUAGUAAAUGUAAUGUAAUGAAACCAACAUGCUUCUGGCGUGCCACAACACGACAUGACACUGUAAUAUGUUUCUGGCUUAAGUACAGGGUUGCCAACCGUACGAGAAUUCUAGUACAAAUACGAGAUUUCUGGUCUUCCAUAUGGGGUACAAGAACACUACAAAUAUGUCGAGAUGUUGGAGCAUAAACCGUAAGUAUCCAAACUAGUAUUUUAAGCAUUUAGCUGCUAGAGGUUUGAAUCACAAUAAAAUAUUACUGGAAAAACAUUUCGUUACAGUCUAUCGAUAAUUUAACAAUUCUAGGAGACAAUUCUCUGGCAAACCCAGGGGUUAGACGAGGGGGUGUCUAUCGUGUACGACGUUCGAAAGCAAGAUUACGAUAUUUUUAGCUGCAGAAGUACGAGGAAAAAAUCUAUGGUUGGCAACCUUGCUUAAGAAGUUUGGGUACAGUACCCCUUGCCUUCCCGGAAUGGUUAAUUGCUUAAAUGUAGUCUGAGGCUGAAUGUCACUUAAUGUCAGUGUCAGUAAGGUGUGAUUGUGAUAAAUGAAGACUAUGGCUGCAUGGCUCUGACUUUGCCUUUCCCAAGAUUGGAAAAAAAGAUAUAAAAAAAAAGUGAUUGUGAUAAAAAUUGGGAAAAUCAUUGGAAUUUGGGAUUAGUGAUUUACAAAAUAGAGAAAACUCACGUUCUGUUACUUUACUUCCUAGCAAUAAAUAAUAAUGUUGGAUUUUUAAAGCCGCGACACUGUCUAUAACCGAUACUAUUUUGGAAUGUAAAUUGUGUAUUGGUCCCAACCUUUGUUAUUUAUUUACGAUGUCUGGAGAAGAUGACGAUAGUACCUGGUUGAUAGAAUUAGAGUCUGCUCUUUUGGAUGGAUGUUCAGCACAACAAAUAAACACCCUCACUAAAGGCAAGAAAAUACCGGAAACCUUACGUCCUGAUGUUUGGCUGCUUUGUCUUAACUGUCAGGAUGCUGGCAACCAGUUAUUGAUGUUUGAUGAAAUAUUUGAUUUAAACAACCAGAAUGAAUUAAGGGAUGAUGUCAAGAAGUUUGUUAAUAGAUUGGGUAAUGAUGAGCAUGAUAAAUUGGCAGUAAUCUCAGACAUUGAAUCAAUCAUCACUUUUUAUUGCAAAUCUAAGAAUAUCGCUUACAAUUCUAAUAAUGGCUGGAUUGAAAUUCUGUUGCCACUGUUGAGCUUAAAACUUCCAAGAUCAGAUACCUACAAUUUAUUUGAAAAUAUACAAAAACUCUACAUUCCAAAAGGCUGUGUUAAAAAUGGAGUACCAUUUCAUAUAUUAAGAUUGAUACUGCAGUAUCAUGAUCCAGAACUGUGUUCUUUCUUAGACACUAAACGAAUAACACCUGAACAGUAUUGCUUACCAUGGUUGAGGUCACUAUUUGCUGGUCCGUGUAACUUAGAAGUUGUUCUCUUUAUGUGGGAUUUAUAUUUUCAGAGAUCAGAUCCAUUCUUCAUAUUUUUCCUCUGUUUGAUAAUGAUAAUCAAUGCAAGGGAACAACUCCUGCUAAUGAAAAAUGAGGACAAAUCCAAUAUAAUUACAACAUUGAAAAAUAUGCCUGCUGAUUUAGAUGCAAAUGAUGUGUCUGAUUUUUGUUCAUUAGCUCAUUAUUAUUCAUUGAAGACACCAGUGUCUUUUAGAGAAGAUGUUCUAGAAGUUUUAUUUUCAGAAUCUGGCAUUGAAAUAAAUGCCAAAUUGUAUUCACAAGCUCUAUGUCUUCCUGUAGCAGUGCAUGAAUUAAUUGAAAGUGCAACAAUUGAUGCAUCUAAUAUGGAUAAUGUUAAAUUCUUUUUGGUAGAUUGCCGUCCUGCAGAGCAGUACAAUUCAGGUCAUUUAUCAACUGCCUUCCAUUUAGAUUGUAAUUUAAUGUUACAAGAGCCUAAUGCCUUCAAUACUGCUGUUCAAGGUUUGUUAAAUGCACAGAGACAAGCUUUAGCUGCUGGGUCACUUGCUGCUGGUGAACACCUUUGUUUUGUUGGUUCCGGUCGUACUGAAGAAGAUAGUUAUGCCCAUAUGGUAGUAGCAUCAUUCCUAAAACGGAACACUAAACAUGUGUCUAUGUUGGAAGGCGGCUUUGUGGCUAUACAUGAUUAUUUUGGCCCACAUAUGGCAGACUGCUUAGAAGAACACAAUCCCUCAACAUGUUUGGUUUGUGCUCCAAACAACAAUAAUGAAGGUCAUGUUAUGAGAACUACUAAAGCAAGAGAAAAUAUCCCAGCAAUUCAAUUAUUUAGUAAACUAUCAACGGCUAUGAAAAACAAAGGUCAAGAAGUGAAAGGAAAACUUAUUGAGUACAUAGUAAACCCAAAUGCCACAAUUAAUAAUGGAGAAUGGCAUGUAUCUGUCAAUGAUAAGAAAGAUCAGCGGUACAGAAAUGUGCCCCCAGUUUUCAGUAUAAAUGAUGAAGAUGAUGACUCUCGGUCCGAUAGUAGAAAAGAUAUAGUUGAUUCUGAAUCAUUGGAAGAAAUAGUAGACAUACAGACUUACAUAAAGGAACAUAAUGUUGUAAGUAGUUUUCCAUGCCAAGAGGUGUUGAUUAAUGGGUAUAUGCAUGAUUCCCAUUUAAUUGUCACUGAAACACAUUUAGUUGUUUUGCGUGAUAUUCUUAAUAAAAAAGGAACAGCAAAAGUUAUGUCCAGGAGGCCUCUAUCAACUAUAGUAAAAAUCACAGCAAAGAAGAGGCAUCCUGAAUUAAUAACUUUUAAAUAUGGCAUUCCAGAUGGUGAUAAUUUAUUGAUUAAAGAUAUGGAUCGUUUCCUUAUUCCUAAUGCCUCUGUAGCUACCAGAGUUGUUUCAAAUCAGAUUGUUCAACAAUUUGACAAUAAACUGCAAUAAGUCCUAUGUUGUAAGGAUUUUUUUAUGUUUUCUUUUAAAAUUAUCUUAAUAAUCACAUGUUGUUUACACAAUUUAUUUAUUAUUCUGUAAUCAUCUUAAUAGUAAACAAUAAGGUUGGAUAAGUUAAGUAGAGUUUUGUCUCAUCACUCUUAAUUUGGCCUUUAUUGUACAUGUUAUAAAUAUUAUAAAUUACCUAUAUUAAUUUAUUCAACAGUUGAUAACUUAUUUAUAGCUAGAUCUUCACCAGGCAUUGUUUUAAAGAAUUCUAUAUUACAAAAAAUAAAUAUCAGUUCACUUUUUGAUGUAACUAUACUUAUAUUUUUAUAUUAAUGUCAAUUUGAACAGAAUUAUAAUUGCCUGAUUAUGUGUCACAUUAACUAAAAGUUUGUGAAAUUAUAAAUUCUUACUUUAGGGAAAUUCACAAAACAGAUGCUAAUUCACAAAGUGUAUAAUGAUUCUACAUGGUAUCUGAAUGAUAUUGCUAUUAAAUAUGAUUUAUUGUGAAUAAAAGUUAAUUAUAGAUCUAAAGUUAGUGACGUAAUAUGUUAUUGACUGUAAUUGUUGUAGUUCAUUAGUGCUUAUAUGAUUUAUUAUAAAUAUCUAAGUCAAAGAUUCCAUAAAACUAAAAUGUCCCAUUUGCGAUGUCGCCAUUUUACGCGGGUGCGGCUUCCUUAAUAUCGUUGAUUUAGCUUGCGAUAUCGGACCGGACAGAGACUUUAAAGGCAACACACAUAGGAAUUAAGCGCUAAAUGGAGGCAGAAACGUAGCGUGAUCCUCGUCAAGAUCGGCUCUUUGUUUUGUUAGUUUUUAUUAUUAUUAGUUUUGACACAAGUUAGGCGCAGCCUUAGAUUAAAUCAAAGAUUUAAUUGGAACCCUACAAUAAAACAAUAGUUUUUAAAAGUGUAUUCUUUAUUACCUAACUAGCUGUUGCCCGCGACUUCGUAGGCGUGGAAUUAGUCAUUUUAAGUAGCCUAUUGUUUAUCCAAUCUGAUUUUUCUCAGUCUGUUUACGGUUUGUAUUUGAGUCAAGUUUUAAGUCUCUUAGUUUACCCAAGGAAUAAGAUUUUUCAUACAACCUUUUAUUAAAACCUAAAACCCCCAUUUGAAACCCUUCGGGGGGGGGGGGGGGAGGGUUCCUUUCUUAGUGCACACUUAGACCGUGUACUGUCAUACUUUCAAAAAAAUAUUUUUUUCAAUUUCUUUCAAUAAAUAAGAGCGACAGGCGGCCAGCAAGCUCCGCCUCCUCGUUUCGCCCGCUGCCGCGCCGCCAGCGUCUUGUUUUGCUUGCAUCAAAUUGCGUGCGUGGAUUUCCUUAGCAGAGUUAUUUUAGAAAUGUAUUUAUUAUACUCUUCAGAGAUCUUUACUUACAAUCAUCAACAAAUAUAUUUCGAAAAAGAUUAUUACAGGAUUUUAUGUUGAUAAAAAACUCUAUGGCCCAUAAUUCAUUAAUAGGUACCAAAUCUUAACAUCUUACACACGUGAUAACUUUUAAACGAAAUAUCCGAUUGAGAUGAAACAAAAAGUAUUUUACUUCUACAUAAAUACUCUUGAUAACAUAAUGCUUAAUUUUGGUAAAGAUUAAUAUUACGAUACAUAUAUUUAACGUCGUUUUUUUUUCGUCAGACGAUUUAAUAAUUAUUUUGAACACAAAAUCGGUUAUUGUGAUUAAACCAUGAUAGCUAGAUAUAUGUUCUCGCGGACUUUUUUGUAGGUCUUAAUGGGAUCUACAAACUCGUACGUCAUUUUGUUCUAUUGUCAAUAGUUUUUGCAGCGCACGCAAAAAUUGGUUUUCGAUUUUACACCUUGUGUUACAAAAUAGCAAUUUUAUUAUGGAUCCCUAAUUUUGAAAAAAAGAUAUAGCCUAUAGCCUUCCUCGAUAAAUGGACUACC